AUGGAGAAUCUUAUUGAUAUGGUAGAAUAUGAUCCUUUUAUAGAAUCUAUGGAGCUGAUAAGGAAUUAGCUCUUUCGUAGAGGAGGUAGUCCACCCUCUGAUGAUCUUGUUAAAGACUGCAGCAAAAAAUCUAGCCUUACAAAGAAAAUCAAUGAUCUAAGUGGAGAACUCAAAAAUUAGUGGAUGCAAAAUUUUAAAAAAUCAACUAAUAAAAAGAGAGAAGAAAUUUUAUAAAAAGCAAUUUAAGAUAUGAAAUUUCAGUCUCAUAAACUCAUUUUGCAAAAAGAAUAGAUGAGAGGUUAACCCAUAGAUGAGGAUGAAUUUUAAAAUACCUAACAGUAAAAUUUAUAAGAUGUAGAAGUGGUAUAAUCUUAAAUUUCAAUUGAGCAACAAAAAUUUUCUUUAAAACAAAAUGAGAGUAAAAUAGAACCUUAAAGCAGCAAUCUUAACCCAGAGCGAAGCAACGUUCCUUUUAAUGAUUUGAUUAGUAGAUAAAAAAUAUUACCCUAGCUAAAUCAAGAAAUAUAAUAAGAAUCAGUAGCAAACAUUAGUAUGAGAAGCAUAGAUUCUAAUAGAAUUAGGGAAUACUAAAAUGCUAGUUCAUUUGAUGAAAGUUAUUAGACUGGAUUUCAAAAUAAAGAUGGGUAUUUAUUAGUUGCUUCAAAACUCAAACCCUUUGAUAAUUAUAAUCAAAUCCCUCAAUCAUAUAAAAGUAGAGAAAACACAGCAGAAAUUUCUAAUUCUAAGAGAAGUAAUUGCAAUAUAAAGAAUUCUAGAGAUUAUGAAAAUUCUGCAAAGUUCUCAGAUAAAAUAAACAUUGACUAAAAUUCAAACAAUUAAAUGGAAGAUAAGUAAAAUAUGCCAGGUUUCCCUAAUAACUCUAUCAUAAGAGACAGUAAAAAUCUCCCAAAUUAAAUUAUUUCUUCAUCGAUAAAGCAAUAGACUGCAAUAAUAAGAAAGUAAAGCAACAAUACUUCAGUCAUAAUAGUAAAUGAUAAAAAAAUUCAAACUUAUAAUGAAUCUAUUAAUCAGAGCAAUCAAUAAAUUUAGUAGAAUGAUGGGAAUCUAUCAGUACUAGGCAAGAAUUUAGGAGAAAAAGAUUCUAUAAUAUCUGUGAGAAAAGCCCCAUAAUAUUUGCAGGGAAGAUAAUCUUUACCAAAUCAAGAUAACUCCUUUCAGAGAGUUAAUUAAAAUUUGAAUGAGGAUCCUUUUCUUGAAGAAAUCCAUGAUUAAGAUGACUUAGAUUUGUUUUAGGAAUUUCCUUUUGAUGAAUUAAGAAGUUUAAAGGGUAAAAGGUCAACAACUGAAAUUAGACAGAAAGUUCUAGAAUUCCUAGAAUUACAUAGAGGCAACUUGUUCUUUUAUGAAAAUUCAAAGCCAGAUAAAAUUGAUGGUUUUCAUCUUCUGCAAUCAAAUAAGGUCUAUUUAGUUGCUACUCAAUCUAGAGACUUGCCUCCAGGCCACACUAAAAUAGAAUAUGAAUAAGGAAUAAGGUAAAUAAAAGAUCAGUUCUCUUAAGUAAACUUUGACGCAAAGAGAUUUUUCUAUUCAGGAGCAUGA